GAACGAGAACAAGAACAAGAACAAGAACAAGAACAACAGCAGCAACAGCAACAGCAACACAACACACCGCAUCGCAUCGCAUCGCAUCGCAUCGCAUCGCCAACUCGUAAGCCAAAAGCAUGACGGCGAUCUGCGCGAGCCACUACCGGAAUCCCCUGAACGAUGUCCUGGUGGGCCGAAAGCACCACCACCAGAACCGGUUCCGGCCGAGGCAGUCCACGCGGAGCGCCUUUUACAAGCCGGGGCUCCUGGCCAAGGGAGCAGAAGCGGGGACGGACGACCGCGGGGCGUCCGUGGACGACCGCGAGGGCCAGAGCCACGGCAACAGCAACGGCAACAGCAACAGCCACGACAAUAGCAACCACAACAACAACCACCGCAGCCACCUCGGAAGGGAGGGAGACUGGAACUUUCGGCCGUCGGCCCUCCAGCACGACGACUACGGAACCGGGGCGAUGGGCGUGGACGAGCUGGUCGAUCUCUACGUGAGGGACAACGAGCGAGCGGCGAUGGAGGGGGUCGUGGUGCCCCCCCGUCCCAGAAGCAAGAGCCUCCGAUGGUUCCUCGAGCGGGAGCGCCGGGCCUGCAGCAACAAUAGCAACAGAAACAGCAACAAUAGCAAUCACAAUCACAGCAACAACAAAGACGAGGACAGCCAACACCGCCACACCAAAGCGGCCUCGGUACGGGACGCCCUCUUCUCGGCGAGCUCCUCCGCCACAGCGGCUUCGUCGCCACCCAAGCAACCGCAACACCAAAACCAACAGCAAUACCAACAGCAACAGCAAAACCAACACCAACGCCCGAGGUCCUUUGCCCAGCUCCGGUGCCUCCAGUGGAACAUCCAGGCCUUUACGUCUCCGCGGGACGAGCGCAACCUGCAAACGAUCACGGCCGGAACCAUUCGGUCCAUCUGCGAAACGGAUUCGGACGUCCUGGUCCUCAACGAGAUCCACUGGAGGGACACGGAGGAACAACUACAGCAGCAACAGCAACAACAACACCAGCAGCAGGAGGAGGAGCGCAAGGCCGAGUUCGACUUUAUCCACUCCUCCCAGUCGCUCCUGGAGGAGGUCCUCCGCCUCCGGGGCUAUAGCUUCGUGAGGGUGGCGGUGCACGGGGACACCCCCACCAUGGUGGCCACCCGCAAAAAGGUCCUGCGCUACGAGGAGGUCGUCCUCUCGGGGAACCGAUCGGCCCUCUGCAUCCUGGUGGAGUGCCACGGAAUCGACCACAGCGAGUGCAUCGGCAACGGACACUUCCACAGCAGCGGGAGCGGGCCGAGCCCGAGCCGGUGCUGGGUCGUAGGGACCCACCUCGACGCCUUUGACGGAAUCCAGCGGGCAGAAGAGAUCCAAACCCUCCUCUCGGCGAGGCUGGGGGAACGCGAUUGCGAACGCACCAGGCACCUCCCGGUCCUGGUCAUGGGCGACUUCAACCAGCAGCGGUCCGGGGACUACACGGGGCCCGAGUGGAACCGCAUCGCGGGGAGCGCGGGCCUCCGCAAGGUCCCGCUGGACGACGGCGUGGCGGGCCUCCUGGAAGGCAAGGGCUUUCGGUGCGUCCUGGAUGCCGUCCGGGCCGGAAGCGGGGAGGGGGAGGCCGUCCGCUGCAACUGGGACCCCCACCAGCCCCCCCCCUCGACCCACUGGUCCGGAACCACCAUCGAUUACACCUACUACCGCUGCCCGGCCGGCAACAGCGGCGGCAACAGCGACGACGACAGCGACGCCGAGGGCUCGGAACCCGAGGGCCGCACCACGGUGCACCCCCACGGCGUCUACGUGGGGCCCGCCGGCUUUUCCGACCACCGCAUGACGGUGACCGACUGGACCCUCGCGACGACCAAGCCGACCGGCAGGGGGAAAAUGCAGCAACACCCACACCAACCGCAACAGCGGCCCCCCCGGUACAUGGACAAGGACUUUUUCUUUCGCCACCUCCCGGCCGGCCGGCACGAUUCCUGGCGGUGCGCCGCGGCCGCCCCCGAUCGAACGCCGGAAGGGGAGCCCCUCCGCGGAAGGCCACCGCCCGCCUUUCCCGCGUGCGAAAAAGGGUCCUCCUCCCGCUCCAUCGGAUCGACGGCGUCGUCGUCGUCAUCGUCUUCCUGUCCCUCGAUCGGUUCCGAGUCCCUCCACGAAUUGUUUCGUCCCCUGUGCUCCGAAUGAUGCGACCACCACCAAGCCGGAAACCAGUCGUGACGAAAUAGGCAAACCAAACCGCGGUGGACUCCGUAGCAGUAAAGUAACAGUAGUAGU